UUUACAUCUACAUCCUUAAUUUAAAUAAUUAAAUGGAACCACUUUAUUUAUUUAUUUUGGGCCGGAGAAAUUUUAAAACUGCAAAAGAAAGCCGAAGCCCAUCCGGCCCAAAUAGUUCGAUCAUUCUCCGGAAGCUUCUCGAUAUCUCUCGACUCUAGUAAUUUCUACAUAUUCGCGUAUUUUCUAUAAAUACGACAAGCUUACAUUUCUGCCAUCCAAUUAUUAAACCCUCAGAAAUUCGCAGUGCGUUUUCGUCUUCUUCAAGCUUUCCAUCACAGUAUCACACGUGAAUCUUCAACAAUGGCUGUAUCAUCACUCGCCCUGAAGCGCCUCCUUUCGUCCGGCGUCCUCUCUAGGUCCCUCCGUUCCGCUCGUACGGUGUCUCAGCCAGCAUCGUCGCGCCUUUUCAACACGAACGCCGUCCGCGAGUACGACAGCGACGACAGCGACGUCGACGGCGGCGAUCGCCGGCGCCCCGAGAUCCGUGUCUUCUCUCCAUUCUCCGGUGUGUUUGAUCCAUUCUCAGCAAGGAGCAACUUGUCCCAAAUACUGAACAUGAUGGACCGAUUCACGGAAUCACCUGUUUCCGCCUCCGCCUUUCGCCGGAACUGGGAAGCAAAGGAAACCGGCGAAGGUCUCCACCUUCGAAUGGAUAUGCCUGGAUUGGGGAAAGAAGAUGUGAAGGUUUCUGUAGAGCAGAACACACUUGUAAUCAAGGGUGAGGGCAAGAAGGAAUCCGAGGAAGAUGGAUCUGGCCGGAGGUACACCGGCAGAAUCGAUCUACCGGAGAGAAUCUACAGGACAGACGGUAUCAAGGCGGAGAUGAAGAAUGGAGUUCUUAAAGUAUUCCUUCCUAGAAUCAAGGAAGAAGAGAGGACUGAUGUUUUCCAAGUUAAUGUUGAGUGAUGCUUUUGGUUUAUGUUGUUUGGGUUUACCACUAAUUGCAAUUAGUAGGAUUUGAACUGUUAA